UGCGGCGUCGCACUCGCCCCUGGGCCUGUGCGCCCUGCUGCUGGCGCUUCUGGGCGCGCUGCCUGCGGGCACCCGGGCUCAGCCGUACCACGGCGAGAAGGGCAUCUCGGUACCGGACCACGGCUUCUGCCAGCCCAUCUCCAUCCCGUUGUGCACGGAUAUCGCCUACAACCAGACCAUCUUGCCCAACCUGCUGGGCCACACGAACCAAGAGGACGCCGGCCUCGAGGUGCACCAGUUCUACCCGCUGGUGAAGGUGCAGUGUUCUCCCGAGCUGCGCUUCUUUUUAUGCUCCAUGUACGCGCCCGUAUGCACGGUGCUCGACCAAGCCAUUCCUCCGUGCCGCUCCCUGUGCGAGCGCGCCCGCCAAGGCUGCGAGGCUCUCAUGAACAAGUUCGGCUUCCAGUGGCCGGAGCGGCUGCGUUGCGAGAACUUCCCGGUGCACGGCGCCGGCGAGAUCUGCGUGGGCCAGAACACGUCUGACGGCUCCGGGGGCGCGGGCGGCAGUCCCACCGCCUACCCUACUGCUCCCUACCUGCCAGACCCGCCUUUCACUGCCAUGCCCCCCUCAGAUGGCAGAGGCCGGUGGUCUUUCCCCUUCUCGUGCCCGCGCCAGCUCAAAGUGCCCCCCUACCUGGGCUACCGCUUCCUAGGUGAGCGCGAUUGCGGUGCCCCGUGUGAGCCCGGCCGUGCUAACGGCCUUAUGUACUUUAAAGAGGAGGAGAGGCGUUUCGCCCGCCUCUGGGUGGGUGUGUGGUCGGUGCUGUGCUGCGCCUCGACGCUCUUCACGGUGCUCACCUACCUAGUGGACAUGCGGCGCUUCAGCUACCCAGAGCGACCCAUCAUCUUCCUCUCGGGCUGCUACUUCAUGGUGGCCGUGGCGCACGUGGCGGGCUUCCUGCUGGAGGACCGUGCCGUGUGCGUGGAGCGCUUCUCGGACGAUGGCUACCGCACGGUGGCGCAGGGCACCAAGAAGGAGGGCUGCACCAUCCUCUUCAUGGUGCUUUACUUCUUCGGCAUGGCCAGCUCCAUCUGGUGGGUCAUUCUGUCCCUCACUUGGUUCCUGGCAGCUGGCAUGAAGUGGGGCCACGAGGCCAUCGAGGCUAACUCGCAGUACUUUCAUCUGGCCGCAUGGGCUGUGCCGGCAGUCAAGACAAUCACCAUCUUGGCCAUGGGCCAGGUGGACGGGGACCUUCUCAGUGGAGUGUGCUACGUGGGCCUGUCUAGUGUGGAUGCGCUGCGGGGCUUCGUGCUUGCGCCCCUCUUCGUCUACCUCUUCAUCGGUACGUCCUUCCUCCUGGCCGGCUUUGUGUCUCUCUUCCGCAUUCGCACCAUCAUGAAGCACGACGGCACCAAGACCGAGAAACUGGAGAAGCUCAUGGUGCGCAUCGGCGUCUUCAGCGUGCUCUACACGGUGCCGGCCACCAUCGUGCUGGCCUGCUACUUUUACGAGCAGGCCUUCCGCGAGCACUGGGAGCGCACCUGGCUCCUACAGACCUGCAAGAGCUACGCUGUGCCCUGCCCUCCGGGUCACUUCCCGCCCAUGAGCCCCGACUUCACAGUCUUCAUGAUCAAGUACCUGAUGACCAUGAUCGUGGGCAUCACUACCGGCUUCUGGAUCUGGUCUGGCAAGACCCUGCAGUCAUGGCGUCGUUUCUACCACAGACUCAGCCACAGCAGCAAGGGGGAGACUGCGGUAUGAGCCCCGGUCCUUCUCCCAACCUUGCCACUUCUCCCUCCUUGUAGGAGGAGAGGCAUGGUAGGGAAAGAACUGCUGGGUGGGGACUUGUUUCUGUAGGCUACCCCCUCCUCCACUGAGCUUUAACAUGGAAGUGAGAAGUUAAUUGGAGGUGAGAAGAGAUUUGGGGUUAGAGGUGGUUUUGAGAGAGGGCCUGAGUGAAAAGUCAAAAGGCAGGGUGGUUGAAAAGACUUCUGACUAAGACUUGCAGGACGGUGCUAACUGUGAAAGAUAUAGGCCGACUAGGGCCUUGAGGGAAAGGUUGACAUCAGCAGAGAUUUGGUGAGUUCUUCCCGGCGCCAGAGCUGAGCCAGGGUUGAGUCCAAUCCCUGCUGCAAGGCAAGUGGCUGUCCUCGCUCCAGUGAGGCCGGGGGAGGGGGGAGAUAGCGUUCUGUCUGCAGCCUGGGCUUUGUUGGGAAGAUGGGGGCCCCCUGUGGUGCCCUUGUCAAGCGGUGGUCAAACCAUAAUCUCUUUUCACUGGGGCCAAACUGGAGCCCAGAUGGGUUAAUUUCCAGGGUCAGACAUUACAGUCCGCCUCCCCGACCCCCUCCCGCCUGUUUUUCCUCCCCUACUCCUUUCAAGUCUAGUAAAAUAAGCAUUUGGAAGGCCGGGAAGGCCUGCCUGCUAGAAUCAUAAUACGAAGAUUCGAAAGAAGUCGGUAACAUUUCCGAGAGGAGGCCAAGAAGAUGAGUGGUAGAUAGUUCUACUACUUUUUUCAUUUUUCUUGGGAAGGCAAGAGGCAGAAAGAAAAAUAAUGUUUUGUUUGGUUUCAUACCCUGAAAAGAAGUGAUGACUUGUUGCUUUUCAAAAUAGGAAUGCAUUUUCCCCCUUGUCUUUGUUGUAAGAGACAAAGGGGGAAACAAAAGUGUCUCCCUGAGGAAAGGCUUAACUGUGAAGGCAGCAGCUUUUAUAGGCAAAGCAGCAGAAAUCUGAGGUUUCCCUUCGGUUGUUAAUUUGGUUGAGAUAAACAUUCCUUUUUAAGGAAAAGCAAAGGGCAUCGCGCUUUAGUACCCAUUCAGCCAAAGGUUCUGACUUGAAUAAAGGAAAUGCAAGGA